AUGGCUGUUCCUGAUCGUAAUUCAAAAGUUACUGAUUUCUACUUCAAAGUACAUAUGGACUCCAGCAAAUUUUUGCUUUCAAUCGAUGAUGAAAUAUCACCUGCCAGCCAUUUACUGCCGCUUUUGAAUGCCUGCAAGCUCUCACGAGAAGUGGUUUAUGACCAGUUGAAACACAUUGGAUUAUCGACACCAGAUCCGCACGGUGUUAUGCGAGGUUAUCAUGAGGAACCACCAAUUCAUCAUUUCUGGGUGAAUGAUAGACGUCUCGUACAAACCUACAUAGAUCCUGUGAGGGACAUCCUGAUGCUCAAUAUGCCAGAUCUUGUAUUGCUGAAUCAUUACGGGAGAAGCAUAAAUCUCUCCAAAGUUGAGCGCGUUGCAAUUACCACAUUUCCGACCUACGUCAAUCGACUCGUCCGGCGUCGAAUGAGAAAGUAUGACGUUCUUCUGGCCAGUCUUCCCAAAAGAUGUCCUGAUAUUAAAGUUCUUCAGAUUGUUUCAAGAUUUUCAGUCAACGAUUUUGCAGCUAAUUACCGUUUAUGCAAAAGGAGGGGGUAUCAUAUGAUCGAUAUAGACACAGAAAUGUGGUAUGACGACUAUUGGGACGAUUCUGGCUGCUUGGUUGAAAGAUGCCACAUGAAUCGUAUAAAGGUUGUGCUUGAACAUGUCAAGAUAGAGAGAACUGACUAUCAGCGUUAUCUCAAAGAUUUGCAAGCGAUGAAAAAUAGAAAGAAGUUUGAGUUUUGGAAUAAAGUAAAGGUUACAAUUGCGUCGCUUUGCGAGCUUGAUGUCGAUUCAAAUUGGGAAACUUUGGGCAAAAAGGCGCCUGAGCCUAGGCUUUACUGUUUCUCUUUUGAGGCGUGGAUUCCAGCUCAUGAAGAUGGAUCGCUCUUGAAUAAAUACAAGGGGCUUGCACAGAUCUUUGAAGGAGCUCCAUGGUAG